AUGACACUGGAGUGUCACGUUUUGCCUACAAUCACGGUGCUAAUUACACAAAGGGAAGUUGAAGCAAACAAAAUACUCAUACAGAAGAACAUGCAGUUGGCAGACCCGGCUUACAAAAAACCUGGAAAAAUCGAUAUACUCAUCGGGGCAGGUCCUUAUUGGAAAAUACUCGUUGGAUCACCGAGAAAUAAAAUCGAAGGACAACCGGCCUUGCAAAAUACUAGGUUAGGUUGGAUCAUCGGGGGAGAACUGUGCAGCGCAAGAUGCAAUUCGAGGAAUCAAGCUUCCACAUGUCUUGCAAUAACAAACGAUCAAUUACAACAGCAACUCGAGCAAUUCUGGAGGGUAGAAAAUCUUUCACAAAUUAAGCAUUCUACUGCAGAGAAGAAGGCCUGCGAGAGAUACUUUGCAGAGACUAUGCAUCAAGAGGAGGACGGCCGGUUCGUAGUAAGGCUGCCAACGCGUCCAAACGUCAAAUUGGGAGAAUCUAAAAAACAGACGGUAAGAAGACUUGAAGCACUUGAGCAAAGAUUUCAACGCAAUCCAGAAUUAAGGGAAGCGUACUGUAACUUCAUAGAAGAGUAUGUAGACCGCGGUCAUAUGACGCAAAUUUCUGAGAAGAAAUUGUUGCAAGCUCAAGAAUUCUACUUUAUUUCGCAUCAAGCAGUUAUACGGCCGGACAGUUUGACCACAAAAUUGAGGGUGGUUUUUGAUGCGUCAGCAAAGACAUCCACAGGAUGA